AUGUCUUUCAAUAUCAAAAGUUCGUUUGUAUCUCGCUCUGUUGUAGAAAACAACAAGGAAAAGCAAGUAGGCAAUGAAUCGGGUGGAGGAGGAGUUGCACCAGAAGCGUAUGAUCCACGCACACUCUAUGAGCGUCUUCAAGAACAACGCAUGCUAAAAGAAGAACAAUUUGCAGAAGACUCGCGCCUUUCAAAUCAAAUAAAACGCGUGAGUGAAGAAGAAGCAGAAUAUUUCAAGAUCUUGGCUGAUGAGAAAGAGAAACUGGAAAAACAACGCAAAACAAAAGAAAAGCUGGAGUUGGAAGAAUACCGGUUAGCUGUGGAGAAUGCUAGGUCAGCACCUUCAAAUCCAUUGUUAGAAGAAAAAUCAGUCAAGAAGAAAUCUAUUUUUGCAAAGCCCAACAAAUUACAAAAGAACAAAGGUGUAUUGUUUGUCAAGAAGAAGCGUCAGGAAAGUGAGGAAGAAGAAGAAGAAGAAGAAGCUCCUGUUGAGAAAAAGACAAAAACUACACAUGAAGAAGAUAAAGCACCUCUUUCUUUAUUAUCAGCCUAUGGCGACAUUUCAAGUGAUAGUGAGAGCGAAUGA